CGUGUCAAACUCAGACAAUUUUCGUAUUUGUAGUGGUGGAAAUACAGGCUUCAGGAGGUUCUGUACUACGAGUUGCUGAUCUUCUUCGGCGAGAAUGGAGAACCGUGCCAGUGAAGUGGACCGCGUUGCGAUCCUCGAUGCAGGAUCGCAGUAUGGCAAGGUCAUUGAUCGUAAAGUACGCGAGUUGUGUGUGGAGACAGAGAUGCUUCCUUUGGACAUGAGCCCAGAAGAGUUGCGUAGUCGUGGAUUCAAGGGAGUCCUCAUCUCCGGAGGUCCUGGCAGUGUGUAUGCUGACGAUGCGCCGCGUGUACAUCCAGAGCUUUUCCGCUCUGGCCUACCUAUCCUUGGAAUUUGUUACGGGAUGCAGCUCAUGAACAUGGAGUUUGGCGGAAAUGUGGUGAAAGGUGGAACCAGAGAGGAUGGCCAGUUCACCAUUUCAGUGGAGCCGAAAGCGAAGUUGUUCAAGGGCAUGGAGAGUGAACAAGCUUUGCUGAUGUCUCACGGUGACUCCGUUGGUGAUAUUGCACAAGGUUUUCAUCCCAUUGCCAACUCUGGAGCUAUUGUGGCAGCUAUUGAGCAUGAGCAACUGCCCCUUAUCGGAGUUCAGUUUCAUCCAGAAGUCGACCUGUCAGUAAAUGGAAAGACUAUCCUGAGGAACUUCCUUUUUGAGGUUGCUGGCUGCAGUGGAAACUUCACCAUGAACAGUCGCCAGGGAAGUUGUAUUGCAGAAGUGCAGAGCAUCAUUGGUGACAGCAAAGUGUUGGUUUUGGUUAGUGGCGGUGUCGACUCUGCAGUGUGCGCUGCUCUGUUGAGAAAGGCUUUGAAGCCGGAGCAGGUUGUUGCUGUCCACAUUGACAAUGGAUUCAUGAGGAAGAAUGAAAGCGCCAGCGUGAUGGAGUCCUUGAAGCGGCUUGACCUUCGCUUGACCAUACAAGAUGCCAGUCAGCGAUUUUACACAUCCAAGCUGGAGGCAGCCAGUGCUGGACCGGGUGAGAUUCCUACUGACCAACUCAAUGAAACUGUGCAACCUGAGAGAAAGAGGAAAAUCAUUGGAGACACUUUUGUCCGGGUUGCAGAGGAAGUGUUGGCAUCGUUGAACCUGUCCAUCGAUGAUGUGUAUCUGGCACAAGGUACACUGCGGCCAGAUCUAAUUGAAAGUGCAUCAGCUAUGGCAUCAGGCAAAGCGGAUGCUAUCAAGACACAUCACAAUGACACGGCCUUGGUCCGGGAACUGAGGAAAAAGGGUCGUGUUGUGGAACCUCUGCGGGACUUUCACAAGGAUGAGGUACGGGCACUUGGCAAGGAACUUGGCUUACCUGAAGAUAUUGUGGAACGUCAUCCAUUCCCCGGUCCCGGCCUGGCUAUCCGUGUCCUUUGCGCUCGUGAGCCUUACACCAGUCCUCAAUUUGAUCGCACGGAGGGUAUGCUGUCAGCUAUUGUCAACUAUUCUAGUUUGACAUCUUCGGAGGCAUUGACCACUGAUCAACGUGAUUUGCUAUCACACGUGGAGUCUACAACAACGCAAGAUGAACGCGAUCGCCUGAAGGAUAUCACCGCUGCUUCCAAUCUAUCUUCUCUCCUCUUACCCAUUCGAACAGUUGGAGUUCAGGGUGAUUGUCGUACGUACAGCUUUGUUGCUGCUCUAUCUUCUGAUGAGGCACCCGCAUGGACAUCGUUAAUGUGGCUUGCAAAGCUUAUUCCAAGAAUUUGCCAUUCUGUAAACCGUGUGUGCCACGUGUUUGGGAAGUGCUCUACACAGCCAGUGAGAACGAUUACUCCAACCUACCUCACAACUCCCAACCUGGAUCUGCUGCGUGAGGCAGACCAUGCAGCGCAGAGUACAUUGCUUCAAGCAGGACUUACUCGCUCCAUCAGUCAGAUGCCUGUCGUUCUGAUUCCGGUUCAUUUCGACCGGGCUGACGGUCAAGAGUCCGUGCAGAGAUCGAUUGUUAUCCGGACGUUCAUCACCAAUGACUUUAUGACCGGCAUACCUGCGACACCAGGACAACAGCUUCCCACUCAGGUCCUGGAUAAUAUGGUCGAACAGAUUUCCGCGCUGGAAGGAAUUUCCCGAGUGCUAUUCGACCUGACGGCCAAACCACCAGGUACCACCGAAUGGGAAUGAAAACAUGUUCUAAACAGGCAUGUUGUAGCUUCUUUCCCAUUCAUUCUUCAAAGGACUUGAUAAUAGCUGGGAGAAGAAUUUAAAUCUCCAGGAUCGAAGUUCUUCAUCGCCGGUCAUACCCUUUGGGCACACUCUUCAGUGUCCAUUACAGUCAAUGGUUCUCUCAUCUCUCUCUCUCUCUCUCUCCAUGAAACCGAGUUUCUGUCAUACCAAAUUUAGUGGAUCAUACAACUAUUGCAUUGUAACUUUUUUCAAGAAGAGAUCCUUAUAGAGUGUGUGUGUGUGUGUGUGUGUGUGUGUGUGUGUGUGUGUGUGUGUGUGUGUGUGUGUGUGUGUGUGUGUGUGUGUCUGUGUGUCUGUGUCUGUGUCUGUGUGUUUGGUAUAUUCAUGUUUCUCUUUUAGCCAGACAAAUACAAUCACUAUAUCGACUGA